AUGAGCUCGACUGCUCAAGAUCAACAAAACAUCUUCCUCAACCCGCCAACUAACGGCGUCAACAAUGACUUCACCCUAAAUCCCACAUAUGUUCAAGGUUCCACAAUCACGCUGCAAUGGCAGACGACGUACCCAGCGACCGACCUGGUUAUUUGGCAGAAUAAUAACCCAGACAGUCAGCUGUUGGCAGCCGACAUCACGACAACGAGCCUCAGCUGGACUGUAGGGACCGGGGAAAACCCGCCGUUCGACCUGAGCAAUGGCACCGUCUUUUUCUUCCAGAUGUACAAUUCGUCGACAACCACAUUUUUCAGCAGCCAUUAUUUCAACGUCAGCGAUCCGUCACUGGCUUCGGCCUCAGCUACAGCGUCCUCGAGCACCACAACAACAUCCCUCCCUGCUGCAAUUUCCUCGACGCAAGCACCGACUUCGUCGCAAGGCGGUAAUCCAUUGAAAACCUCGGCGAUCGCCACAUCAUCUGCGACGACCACGCCGACCUCAUCCGCAGAUUCCUCCUCCGGCCAUGGCGACAGCAGUAACAGCAAACUCGGGGAAGGCCUAGGACUCGGCAUCGGCGUGUGCGUGCUCCUGAUUGCGCUUGCCGGGCUGUUGUGGUACUUCUUCAGACGCCGCGGCAGAUCGCAACACGCGCCGAGCAAAACCGACCUGCUGCAACCCGAGACCACCUCUGUCUACCCCCAAGGCGGCGGCGCGGGCUACGAUCCUCGCCCCUCACCAUACCACAGAUACGAGCUUGGCUCAAAGGAGCCCUCGACACAAGCAGAACUGGACGGUGGCGGCACCAUGAAGGCCGUAUAA